AUGGAUUCCUUAAUUGAUAUCCAAAACCACUAUGAGAACAAGGUUUUACCAUAUAAUCCAGAUUUGCUCUCUCAUAAACUGGAUUCUUGGCUAGAGGACUUGGGAGUUGACGUAGAAAAGUAUAAAAAUGAGAUUACUGAUAUUUUAUCUAGCAGGAAAUAUCGAUACUAUCGAAAAGUUGGUGACUGUAACUUCCCCGACGACAGGGUGGUCCUCUGGUUGAGGGACGUCGAGGUUUACAACACAACUGGUAAUAUUCCUCCCAGUUGUUAUGGUUUAGAUGCCUCUAGUGCUGCGGUGGUAGAUUCCCUGAGACUCAAGAGGCUCAGCAGUGCCAAAGAGGCCUGGGUUCUGGACAUGUGUUGUGCUCCUGGAGGAAAGCUCUUUGCCACAAUCGACGCCGCAGAUAAGAUUAGAAGUGACACCAAGUGGAAUAUUAUCGGACUAGACUCUUCAAUUCGUAGGAUUGAGCUUUGUAAAUCAAUGCUCAAGAAGGAGUUAUUUGACAGGGACAGAAUCGACGUCAACUUCAAGUUUAUCAAUUCUCAGGAGUUUUCAGAGUUCAACGGCGAGUCGAUGUUUGAGAAGUUUGAUCGAAUAAUUCUGGACGUCGAAUGUACUCUCGAGGGUUCUUUGAGGUCAGUUAUAAGGACUCUGAGGUUUUGGGGCAUUAAGUGGCUUGAGAAUAACUGGAACCGCGAGUACGCUUCAAAGAUAAUAGCUAACCAGAGAGAAUUAUUAACUCAGGCUAUAAAAUUAGUUAAGCCAGGUGGCUUCAUAGUGUACAGUACAUGUUCUCUUGACAAGGAGCAAAAUGAACAUCUCCUCUGCGACGUCAUUAAACAAUUUCAAAACAUCAAGUUCCAUCCACUUCCUAUCCACAGCUGUUCCUGCUGUUCUUACAACUCUGAAGAACGGCAGGAAACUUGGCCUGCUGAAUCCUGUGAACAUAUCCUCAAACUCAAAUGCUCAGAUGAAUACUUUUACUCUGUUAAUAUGAAUCAUUGUAAUAAUAAAAACUCACCUUCUGCUGUUAGAUUCGUUCCUCUAAAUGGGAAAACUGAUGGACUUUUCAUCGCAUUAUUGUUUAAAACUAUUUAA